AAUAACCCAUCAAUAAACUUAUACACAUUAAAACUAACAGUGUCAACGAUCUUUCCCGCCCUCCACCCUCCAUGAAUAUUCAGCUCGAAUUUCUCCUCUUCUUCUUCGCCACCACCACAAUCUUCCUACUCUCCCCUACCCCGUCCUCCGCCACCACCACCGCGGCUUUCCCAUCCCCAUACGGCGAAAAAUCAUGCGGUUUAUCCAACACCAACGACCUGAUCCCACAUAGAGAUACUUACGGAGAUGGGCGGAUCAUCGACAUCACCCAUCGUAUUACCCCCUAUAUGCCGACGUUUGGCUCUGCCGAUGGUGUCGGUCAGGUGAUUUGGCUGACUAAGAGCAUAAAGAAUGGCUCCAUCGCUAACACGUCUGAGAUGAAACUUCCCUCCCAUACUGGUACCCAAGUUGAUGCCCCCGGACAUUUCUUUGACCACUACUACGAUGCUGGUUUCGAUGUCGACACCCUUGAUCUUAAUGUCCUCAAUGGUCCCGCUUUGUUGGUUGACGUAGCCAGAGAUAGUAACAUAACUGCGGAGGCAAUGAAGCUACUAUACAUACCGAAAGGAGUAAGUCGUGUACUUUUUAGAACUCUAAACACAGACAGGCACCUUAUGUUCAAGAAGGAGUUUGAUUCGAGUUAUGUGGGUUUCACGGAGGAUGGGGCACAAUGGUUGGUGGAUAAUACAGACAUCAAGCUUGUUGGUGUUGACUACUAAUCGGUUGCUUCGGUUGAUCACCUGUCAAGUACUCAUCUUAUCUUCCUGGAAAGCAGGGAGAUUAUAAUCGUCGAAGCUCUAAAGCUAGAUGACAUCCCUGCAGGAAUGUAUAAUGUCCAUUGCUUACCCCUAAGGCUUGUUGGUGCUGAAGGCUCACCUGCAAGGUGCAUUCUAAUGAAAUGAAGCGUCUGUGCCACAAAAAUAAUAAUUAAAUAAGUCUCUAUGGUUCUUUGCAGUACAGAUGAGUAUGGAAAUGGAAUCGGGUAUCUCUGGUUUAAGGCCAUAUUCAAAAUAUAUGCAGAAUCAUGUGUCAUGUAACGUAACUUACAUAUGUAGUCUGAUUUGCAUAAAAGCGUGUUCAAUGUAAACUAGUUAUCAACUCCAUGAAGUGCACAUGUUGCAUGUAAGUAUUUUUAUUUGAAAGAAAAUAAUGAACUUCAUGUUAUGUUCAAAAUUACAGCAAGAAUAUCUAUAUAUAUAUCUAAAGUAAUAAA